UUGCUUUGGUCUGGAAUUUGGUGUCGGGAUCUGAUUCUGUGCUCUCUGCAGCACCACGUCUCUUAUGCAACCGCUUUUCUCUAUUCUUCAUCACCAUCUACAAGCUAUAGCUUUUCAUCUUCAAUCAAACUACAGUGCCCUGUCUUUUGUUCCGUAUAUUCAGUUCUACUUUCAAAUCGAUUUCUUUCACCUUUUUAUUGCAAUUCUAUUUCUACUUUUUUUUUUUUUUUUUUUUUUUUUUUUUUUUUUUUUUUUUUCUGUAUUUGUCAAUCGCCAAAUAUUCAGUUUGAUUGGGGGCUGUGGAUGCUUGGGAAUUUGGUCGAGGACAAGCUGAAUAAUAUACGUCGAUCAGUACAAUUCGGAUUGAAUUUUUUUGUAAGAUUAGUUAUUUAGUUUUGUCGGAGAUGAUUCCGGUUGGGGGAAUUACGUGUUGCCUGAGUGCUGCCGCGCUAUAUCUUCUGGGGAGGAGCAGUGGAAGAGAUGCUGAUGUUCUGAAGUCUGUCACUCGAGUGAAUCAGUUGAAGGACUUGGCUCAAUUAUUGGAUGCUGCAAGCAAAGUGCUGCCGCUGGUUGUCUCUGUGUCAGGGAGGGUUGGUUCGGAGACACCUAUUAAUUGCGAGUACAGUGGUUUACGGGGUGUAAUUGUGGAACAGACGGCAGAGCAGCAUUUUCUGAAACACAAUGAUGCCGGAUCUUGGAUACAAGAUUCAGCUUUGAUGUUGUCCAUGUGUAAAGAAGUUCCCUGGUAUCUUGAUGAUGGUACAAGUCGUGUACACGUUGUUGGAGGACGUGGUGCCACAGGUUUGGUACUUACAGUAGGAAGUGAAGUGUUUGAGGAGUCUGGACGAUCACUAGUGCGUGGAACAUUGGAUUAUCUUCAGGGCCUAAAGAUGCUUGGAGUCAAGAGAAUUGAACGUGUCCUUCCUACUGGCACGCCCUUGACAAUUGUCGGCGAGGCUGUUAAGGAUGAUAUUGGGUCGGUUCGAAUCCAGCGACCACAUAAAGGCCCUUUUUAUGUCUCUGACAAAACUAUUGAUCAACUGAUUGCAAAUCUUGGGAAAUGGUCAAGAUUGUACAAGUUUGCAUCAUUGGGUCUCUCAUUAUUCGGGGUUUAUCUUGUUGCUAAGCAUGCAUUCCAAUUUAUCAUGGAGAGAAGACGUCAUUGGGAAAUGCGAAAGAGGGUUCUUGCUGCUGCAGCUAAGAAGGCUGCUGGGCAAGACGAAGGAGCAGAUUUAAAUGGCAAGGCUGAGAGUGGGUCAGACAACAACACCAAUAAAGACAGACUCAUGCCAGAUUUAUGUGUGAUAUGUUUGGAGCAAGAAUACAAUUCAGUUUUUGUCCCGUGUGGCCAUAUGUGCUGUUGUAUGACAUGUUCUUCGCACUUGACAAACUGUCCACUAUGUCGAAGACGGAUUGAGCAAGUGGUGAGGACUUUCCGGCACUGAGAUGGCUGCUCGAAUUUGCCUCAAGUAAAAUGUGCUUUGACACCCCCCUCGCAUAGCAUAUCCUGAUGCAUACCGUUGUUGUGAGUGGCUAUCUGAAUCUCCUCUUCUUUCUUGUACUAGUAGAUUUAUCUCCCUUUAAACUGUACAUAGAGAGAGCACCAAAUUCAUGGUACAUGUGUAACCAUGCGUCGAAUACUUUAACUUAAUGUAGAUUGGAUAAUCUCUACCGCAUUGCGGAAAUACUACAUUGAAACUUUGCUAUGUUUGUAUCGAAUCCAUUAUUACAAUU